AUGAUAGAGCUAACUGAUGGCGUCAACCCCAAAGCAAGCGACACCAUCGGGAAGGUAAACACUGACCUCGUGCUACUCGCGUGUAGGGCAACCAGCUUAUGCACAAUCACAGCGCUUGUUUUGAGCUGUGUACAUAGAAGCGACAAGGAGCGCAUGACCCAUGAGCUUGUAGCUGUAUCACUGAGAACUGGUCUUAUGUCCGCGUGUUUCUUCAUGAAUGUUCUCAACGCUGGAUACAUCAAAUGUUUCGGAAUACUGUUUGUGGAGGUGGAAAAAACGUUCAAUGCAACAGCGUCUGUAGCAUCGCUGCUGAUGGGCGUCAACGCCGCUGCUUACAGCGUCACAGCACUGUUCGUCCUCAACGUUGUCUUGGAGAAAAUCACCAUCCGGACAACGACUAUACUAGGAGUGUUUAUACUCGCCACCGGCGUCUUGACCAACUCCUUUGCAAGUAACGUCUAUGUGUUGAUCUUUUCCCAAGGAGGAUUAGCAGGAAUUGGAGCAGCAAUGCUCUACGGGCCAGGCUUGGUCAUGGUUGGCAAAUACUUCACAAGGAGGCGUGCUCUAGCUACUGCCAUAUGCAGUUGUGGCGUCAGCACUGGCGGGAUGCUGCUGCCGCCACUUGUCCAGUACCUCAUCCAGGAGUACGGACUGAGAGGAGCAUUCCUCGUCAUGACAGGCAUGAUGCUGCAGAUUCUAACUUUCGUAAGUCUCUAUCGACCACUGACGUACACUUGUACCGAAGCGAAGAAGAAAGAUCAGGAUUUGUGUUCCAUUAAAUCGGGUGGAUCAUGUGAGAGAAAUAGUCCAGUUUCUACUGUUGCAGAGGUACCUGAUGAGGAAACGAAAUGUGGAAUACGUGAUUACCUUGGCAUUGAUGACAAUUUGGAGGGAGCUGGAUCCCGAAAAACAUCUGUUCCUGAAGAGUUCGAGCAGGAUAUGUUUCUUCCUUCUGACACUGAGCAUGGGAUGGAUACAGCAGCGCAUACUGCUGUAUCAAGCUGCUACAAAGCGCUGAACUUAUCAUUUUUUAAAAAGCCACUGUACCUUCUUAUAUUUGGAUUUACAGCUUUUGGGUUUCUUGGUGUGGGUUUACUGCAGACAUUUGUGCCACCGCUGGCGAAGGAGAAAGGUCUGAGCGAAAUGCAAGCAGCAAUGCUUUUGACUAUUUUCAAUGGCUUGGAACUGGUAAGCCGUCUUCUGUCGGGCGUUGUUUCAGAGUUGCCCUUUAUAAAAAGACACCAUCUUAUUGCUUUCAGUAUGGUUGCACUGGGCGUACUAAACCAAAUAACAAGAUACCUCAACGGUUUUGGACUUAUCUUGUCCUAUAUUGCAGCAUUUGGAAUUCUUAAUGGAAUAUACCCAGCUCUCCAUCCAGCCGUGAUCAUAGACUUUGUAGGAAUGGAAUAUUUUUCAAAAGUUUUGGGCUAUGUUCAGGUAUUCCACGGUGCAAUGAUGGCGGUUUGUUAUCCAGUUAUGGACGACCUGCUAAAGGAAAUACCUUCCUUCUCAUCACUCAAGACCAUUCUCUACAGACAACGGCACAAAACCAUUCCUCGACUCCCUGUCACCGGACGUGAGAUUCAGCUUGAGGGGCUCUGGACCUUGGCCGAAGCAGGAGAACCCUUCCUCCAUCGAAUCGACGACAACAUCAUCAUCUUCACGACAGACAAGAACAAUGAGCGCCUGUGUACAGCAGAUACAGUGUAUGGCGACGGCACCUUCUCCUCAGCUCCCCGGUUGUUCGAGCAGAUCUACACACUGCAUGCUGAGUAUCAAGGCCACAUGUUCCAGUUCGUCUACUGUUUGCUGUCCUGGACUUCACUGAUCACGUCGUUGACCUGA